AUGGGUAUCGCACGGCCGUGCAGGAGAGGUUCGCCUCUCGUCAUCCUCGCAUUUCUCGCAUGCGGUCUGUCCCUUGCCAUCACCAUCGACGCGUCGCAGUCGUUACCAAGCAACGGCUUCGCAACGCGCUACGAGCAGGCAUUGACGGAAACCCUGCAGCUGAGCCCCCAACUCAAGGAGAUCUACAGAGCAGCGAGGCUCAGGGACUCGGUGCCUGACGACGAUGGCGAAAAUGACGAUAUUGGCGAAGAAAACGGCUCUCGUCGCCAAUUGAAAGACGCGCCGAAGAAGCAGUUUGGGCUGAAUCCCCCGCCGCUCAACUCAGGGCCCAGCAUGGCUGACGUCAACAACACGUUUUUCCGUUUCGAUUCCGUCACGCCGAACGCGGUGGUGGACUGGCGUCAGACGAUGUACAUCUCGCCCAUCCAACGGCAGUACCAGAUCACGGGGUGGGAGCUGGUGCCGCCGUACAGCGCGCAGGCGCUGAUGAAGGCAGUCAGCAUGCAGCCCGUCGUCGCCUUCCUCAGCGGCUCCGCGCAGGACUUCCAGCAGUACAACUCGCGCGGACAGCUCAAAAUUUACGACGGGCUGUGCACCACGGACAUCAACCACGCGGUGCUGGUCGUCGGGUAUAACUACACGGGGCCCAGCCUGGCGGGCAGCUAUUGGAUCCUGAAGAACACGUGGUUCAACACGUGGGGCGACGGCGGGUACAUGUACCUCGCCAUGUCGCCCGACGUGCGCGGGAAAUGCGGCAUCCACGCCAUCCCCGCCAUGUACCCGGUGUACUACCCGAGCGGGCCGCAGCCCGUCAAGAUGAACAACGGUCCCAUUUCGCGCGCCGACGACGGCAACGACGGCCGCUGGUGGACGCGCGCAUAUACCGCCGCAUCGGACGCGUGCUCCGGGAUCAACCCCCGCGGCCAGUACAACCCCUGCGGCAGCGGCACGUGCGUCAACCCCGGCGAUGGUACCUACUCGUGCCAGUGCCCCGCCGGCUACGCCAUAGGAGCAGCGUCAGACGGCACGCAGACGUGCGUGGGAGUGGCGGGCGCCCCAGCCUCGUUCCUCGCCUACCCCACCGUGCCGGGCGACUCCUGCUCCUCCGUUGCUGCCGCCUUCAGCCUCACCACUGCCGGUCUCACCGCUCUCAACCCCUUCCUAAACUGCUCCCUCGCCUACCUCCCCCCAACGCUCAUCCUCACCGUCGCAAACGCCUCCUCCACCUCCAUAUCCCCCUCUGCACCGCUCUGCACCGCAACGUACACCGUGCAACCCAACGACACCUGCACGACCCUCGCCAACACCUUCUUCGCGGGGAGCCUGUCAGCGCUGCGUGCUGCCAACCCGCUCUCAUGCACCUCCUCACGCUUCUUCCUCUACCCGGCUCAGGUCAUCUGCACGACCACCAGCUCGCUCUCCUCACUGGCAGCCGUGGCUGUCCCGCAGUGCGGGCAGACGUACAUCACAGUGGCGGGCGACACGUGCUCCUCAGUGGCGACCAAGUUCGCCAUCAGCCUGGGCGCCUUCAUGGGGCUCAACAGCGCACUCUCAUGUGCCACUGCCCUCCCCGUGGGGUCGUACGUGUGUGUCGCCCCCAAGAGCUCCCAGACGGCAGUGAACUGCACGGCAUGGUACGCGGUGCUGCAGGGAGACAACUGCCCCAACAUCUGGAACGCCGCCAACCUCACCGAGUCCACCUUCCUCGCCAUCAACCCCGGCAUCCGGUGCCAAGCGCCCUACCUCCAAGUGGGCCAGAAGGUCUGCAUCAACUCCCCGCUCCUCGCAUCGCUCCUCUCCGCAUCCAGCACCUCGUACUCGCUCUACACCGUGCAGCCCAAUGACUCCCUCGCCCUCAUCUCCUCCAGGUUCAUCACUCGCUGCACCACCUCCUCCGUUUCCCCCGCCUCCAUCGCCGCAGCAAACAAUAUCUUGGAAACCUCCCCUCUGGUAGCCAACACCCAGCUCAUCAUCCCGUGCGACGCGCGCGUGGGGAUUCUCGACUGCGGCUGUGCGCAGUCCCUCCCGGUCUGCGGUGCGGACUACGUCACGUACCCGUCCUACUGCGAUGCGCUCUGUAACUACGCGCUACCGGUCAUUCAGGACGGCGUCUGCUCCGGCUGCAACGCCGCCUGCACCGGCCGCACCGGCCUCGCCCCCGCCGCGGGGUAUGGCUGUACCUGGAGCACGUGUCCCUACCCCAACUGGAAGCCGCUGGACAGCGACUGCACCGUGCUGCAGGGCGACUUGCCGGGGAAAUGCUGUGCGGUGGAGCAGACUGUCUGUGAGAACGUGUGCCGCGCAACAAGGGACACGCUGGGCGGCACGACGACGCAGAUGCAGGCGAACUACGACUCGUGCUACAGCCACAACGUCUUCUCCCAACCCACCACGCUACAAGGCCUUACGCGCACAUAUCGGCAGUUCCCCCUCACAAACACCCGACCUUCCACUGGUUUCGGCGCGCGCACACAGCAUGGCGCACGGGGUCCACGCGCAAGCUUCACGCAAGCCGUGGAGUCAGUGCGCGCAACGGGGCCGAGCGCGGGGGUUGCGGCGCGCACGGAGUGGGAGCUAAACGUUCGGCGGCGAGCGCCGCUGGCGGAGCGAUACGGCGUGCGCGUGGAGAGGGACGUUUCCGCCGACAGAAUCGAGGUAGCGCGCACGUCCCCGCAGGCGUGCGGCGCUGCGGGCGGAGGGGUAGAUGUAACCACCACGUAUGACCCAUGCCUGCUGACCCAUGCCUGCUGUUUGGAGGAGGUUGGGCGGAGAGGUGGUGACAUUGAUGAGCUUGGGGCGGAGAGGUGGCAGCGGUGGUGGACGCCCGGGCCAUGUGCCUACCGGUGGGACUGGCGGGUAGAGGAGCAGGUGCUGGUGACACGUGGCACUCUCAGAGUCACUCCUGAUGAGUGUGAGGAGAGCAUGGAGUUUGCAGCGGGUGACUUGGUAUGCUUCCCACGGUGGUUCUUUGCUGAGCUCGAGUUCAGUGCCGACUAUGAGCAACGGUACAGAUUUGUGGCGUAUGGGGACAACUGCUAA